GAGCGCCGUGAGUUCUACAAAGCCUUCGUCACGCCAGAGGUUGUUGACGCUAGCAAGGCUCAUGCGGAAAUCGGCGAGGGUUACCUUGUUGUCGAGGCGCCUCUGUACAAGUAGUGACGAGAUUUCCGCUCUCUAUCGUGAUCGAUGUGUUGCAUCAAUGAAAUUUUGUACUCUCCCGUCGUGCUCUCCUCAGGAGUUGUGUUCUUUUUUCCAUGCGUCGGUCCGUUCUGCUGAGGCUCCAUCAUUAACUUUGCAAAUGAGACCGGAUUUCUCCAGCAGGUGUGUUGGGAUGUCGAAAGUUUGA